AUGACUUUAAGAUUACUAAUUUUCAUGAAAGAAUUUUCAGAAUUCAUAAGUAAAGUAAAUUUAAAGUAUAAAGAAAAAAUAGGAAUUGCAGUGUCAGAAGGAGUAGAUAAUUAUCAAUUAAGAGAAGAGAGCACAAAAAAAGCAUUUCAAGUUUCUAAUAUUUUAUUUACAUUAGUUGACCUUUCAGAUUUAACAAUUAAUAAUUCUAAUUCUCCAUUUCCUACACAAUCAUAUAAAUUUCCUGUUAUAAGAAAUAUUGAAGCUAUUGGAUUACAAACUGUUAGACCAUUAUUAUUUGUAACAAAGGAUAGAUUGAAAGAAACUUGUAUUAAUAUUCCUUGGGUUAAAGACCCUUCAAAUCAAUCAAUGGAUCAUAAAAGAAAUGUUAUAAGAUUUUCAUUAGAUAAAUUUAAUAAAAGAUAUCAUGUUGAAGGAAAAGAGGAAUAUGAACCUUUAACUACAGAAGGAUUAUCAAGGUUUAUGAGCCACAUGGAAUAUCAUAAAAAUUGUGUAAAUUCAAAAGUGAAUGAAAUCAUAAAUCAUUCAAGGGUUAAAUUUGAUAAAAAUAAUGGAAUUUGUACAUUAAAUUUACCUGAUUCAAUUCCAUCUUUUCAUUGGAUAUUACAGAAACAUUUAGCUACAAGAAUAAUAAGUAAAAUAAUAACAUUUGUUAAAUGUUUGGAACAACCUCCAAGAUUAGAAUCCGUAUUGAGAUUUUAUGAUCAUAUAUUGUCUUUUUCCACUUUAUCUUCUAAAACAUCUCAAAUUCUCCUUUCACAUAACAAGACUUCAAGAUACAACAAUAUUACAUUGAAUAAUGUUUUAUUAUGUUAUGAAAAAAAAGAAAAUAAGAAAGAAACAUUGAAAGACAACAACAAUUCAAUUCCCUUACAACCACAAUAUUAUAUAAGAAGAUUAUGCAAUAAAGACAUUUAUGAUAUAAUUGAAAUGAAAAUGGAAGCAAUUCAUGCUACAUAUAAAGAUAUAAUUGAAAGAUAUAAAAAAAGUGUACCUCCCAUUGCUAGAUUUAGUAUUCCGGUAGUUAUUGAAAAGUCAUAUAUUGUUUUCUCGGACAAUAUUUUACGUGAAAGUGAGAAAAUUAUUAAUAUACCUACUUUGGGAAUAUCCCUGAAUCCGGAAAGUAUCUCUUGUUGGGCCAAAUUUCGUGGGAAUACUCUUAUUGGCAUAGAUGAACUCAUUGAAAAUAGUUUUAUCACCUAAUAAAGCAUAAUAUUCUUGUAAAUUAAAGAAUUUGGAAUAAAAAAAAACUGGAAUGCAAAUAAUUACAAUCAACGAAAAAGUAAUCAUACAAUAGCUAU